AGCGAACGUGCAACCAAAUAGGCGGAAUUGUACGAUGACUCCGGCAAGGACAUAGCAAGGCCAGCACCGUUUCGACACCCCAUUCGUUGAACAAUUAGGCGGCCGUUUCUUUGCCAGCCUCAUUAGAGGCGUGAAGAUUGGAACUCAUUCUGUAUUCUUGGUGUGUGCUUUUGUCGGUCGGUCCUCAAAGUCGUUAACUUAAUCCGCAAAGAUAACAGGAUUCGUGGGCUUUGCUUUUAUGUUGAUUAUUCCGGUCAUAGGGGCGGCCAAGUGUUCUUAGUGCAGACUAUUCUGUGGUUAAGUGUAAUUGGAGGUGUUUACUCUUGAGUAAGAGGAUGCAAUGUAGCUCUCCUGUUCAAGUGUGUGGUUAACGUGGAGCGAUCCGGGAGCUGAAAAAAACGCAACAAGUGAAAAGUGACCGCAAUGUCCGAGAACCAGGAGAAGUCCAAGGAGCGGAGCAAGGAGGGCGAAAGGGGAAUUAUCUACAACCUAGUUGGCGGCAUGACGCGAAGCUGCGUGGAUCGGGAACUCUCGCUCGACAGCUGUCCGGAGUUCAGGUCCCAUUACAGAGACAGCACGGCUAGUGCCAUCAGCAUCACAGAACUUAUGACUGUAACGCUAUUGACUGGGGAUAUGUCCCCCGCCAGACACACGGAAAAAAGCGAUCAAAUUGGCACGCAACGUGUAUACAAGAAAACUUCCCUGAAUUCGUCGCUGACAUUGUACUUGGCCACGCGUGAGCUGGUGUCGAAUGGUUCCGCGCCUGCUAUCCUCAAGGGCGUACUUUAUGUCGAUCCAAAACUUAUUCAAGGAUGCCGAGUCUACGCACAAUUAACGUUAACUUUUCGAUACGGCCGCGAGGAUGAGGAAGUGAUGGGGUUGAGAUUUUGUAAUGAAGCCAUUAUGUCGCUCCAUCAGAUCUGGCCCCGCAUGGAGGAGCCUUCUCGGGAGUCAUUAACUCCCCUACAGUUAUUAAAGGACGCAUUGAUAAGGCGCUUGGGAGAUGGAGCCUUUCCGUUCACCCUCACGUUAACACCUCAAGCACCCCCAAGCGUGCAAUUAGUUCCUGCCAAGAAGUACUACGGAGCACCCAUCGGGACCAGUUACGAAGUCAGGUGUUUUAUUGCCGACAAAGCCUGCGAGAAAUUCAAUAGGAAAGCAACAGUACGAAUGAGUGUGCGAAUAAUCCACCGACCUGAUGCUCCUUCCAACUGUGAAUCUGAGAUUGGUUCCAACCUACCAAAUAAACAUCUCCUUCCCGUUCCCGAUGGGCCAUCCGAUGGCUCCCAUCAGAGUGUAUCACCCGACAAUCAUCCUUCUAGCCUAGACGAAACCAAGAAAUCGGAAUAUCGUAACGAUGCCUUUGCGAAAAUUCGUAUAUCCCCGAAAAACUUUAGGUUUAGCAGCCGUUUUGGAAGGAGCAAAAGUGAAGUGGAAAAAGGACCAAGUAACGUUUCCUUCAACUAUAGUAAAUCGUUUCAUGAGUAUGAUACUUGUAGCGGCCCCGAGGGGGAGGUUAAUAAGCCAUUCCUCCUGCAAGAAGGACGAGUCAGUCUUCACGCCAACUUGGAUAAGUCUUGGUAUGCACACGGCGAGGACGUUAUCGUCACUGUAAACAUUAAGAACGAGAGUAGAAAGACUGUGCGGAAAAUAAGAGUAUGCGCCAUACAACACGUAGACGUUUGUAUGUUUAAUAACGGAAAAUUCAAGAACAUUGUUGCAGACUCCGAUGAUAACCCUAUACCGGAUCAAACUGUUGGACCCGGAAGUUCACUGAGUUCGACGUUCAUACUUAAGCCACAAAGAGGCACUACAAAAAAUUGGAUCGCCCUUGAGGAUUCUCUUCAGCGUAGUUCGGAACCCGAUGAAAUCACAGGAUGCAUUGCUGCCUCAGCUAUAAGAACCCCAACCAUGUGCAACUCAAUUGGUAGCGGAUUGAAAGGUGAACGCAACGUUUUUGCAAUCUACGUUUCAUACUAUGUUAAAGUGAAGCUAACCCUAAGCGGAAUGGGUGGCGAAUUAUCCUUGAAACUACCGUUUUCCCUCAUCCACGUGGAUAACUCGUCGAAAUCCACACCCCAUGUCCUCUCGCCUGCAGCCUUAAGUGAUUCCACCUCCAAACAGACAAUCGACAAAUCACCGAGUACUCCUAUUGAUAAAGAUAAAGAUCAAGCAAUUGAAGUCGCAAAGGAUACCGCUGCCACGAAUGAAGGCCGGAAAAAACAGAUGGAUCAUAUCGACUGCGUAGAAGAGGACAUUCAACUAUUACAGGAACUGACAGUAAAGACUUCGGUAAAGCGACGAUUAGUUCGACAUGAGAAUGUGAAGGACUCCAGUGAGGAUGAAGACGAAAAGGAUAAUCAUGCGAGAGACUGUCCCGUUGAAGUGCCUAAACCGUCUAGUAGUGAUGCAUCUUCUGAUCAGCAAAAAACAACCGUUCAAAUCCAUAAAACAUCAUCCACAUGAGGUGUGUCCUUGGAAUGGGAAUAAUGAAUGGAUUUCUACUGCGAAUUGUUAAUGUGUUUGGUGCUAAAACAUAUCUCCUAUUGAAUUGUUCUUAGGUUUUCCCCUAUUGAAUAUGUUAGAUAUAUUGAGAAUAAAAGUUAA